AUGAAAGAUGCUUUAUCAUUUUUACCAUUUUUAAAUUAUAUUACUUUAAAACAUGUCAUUUUUCAUCUUCAUUUAAUUGCACAAUAUUCUCAAUUUAAUUUAAUGGAUUCUAAUAAUUUAGCUACUGUAUUUGCUCCUGUCUUAUUUUCUUUAAGUAUUGAAGAAUUAAUGAAUAAUAAAAACUAUGCUAUUAUUACUAUUAAAUUUUUAAUAGACAAUUAUAACGAUAUUUUCACUACAAAUAAUAAAUUUAUAGACGGAAGUUAUCUUGAACCAUAUAACUAUCAAAUCCCAUUUGGGAAAUGUCCAAAAGAGUUAUUACAAUUAUCAGAUAAUAAUCCUCAAUCAAUUCAUUAA